GAUGGGUCAAACUACAGAAGUUACCGGUAAUGAUGACGAACUGUGGAAAACAGCAUCAGAAGCAGGAGAAAAGUUCAGUGCUUUGUACUAUCGUGCUUUUGACAAGCCGAACAGACCUGAUUUGCCUGGAUUUCUUAUGGAUAAUGUUGUUCUUCUAUGGAAUGGGAAUCGUGUGGAAGGUCAGCAACCAGUGAUUGACUUCUUUUCUAAGCUUCCAGACAGUACUUGUACCUUACACUCAUUAUCCUGUCAACCAGUACAUAAAAGUCUAAGUGGUGACCGAUUAUUGGUUUUGGUAAAUGUGUUUGGUACCAUAAAAUUUGAACAACACCCUACCCAUAUUUUCUCUGAAACAUUUUUCCUGACACAAGAAUCAAAUUUGUGGCGAGUACAGUCAGUCACAUUUCGGUUCAUCGACUAAUCCUUGUAACUUUGAUUCUAAAAACCAAUUUUUUACAGUUUUUUUUGUUUUGGAUAAAAAUCAUUGUACUGCUCUCGUAUUUUUUCAAGAUUGUUAUUUUUAAAUGUAGUGCUUUAAUUAUCCAAGAGUUUCACAGUGAUUGUCUAUCAGCAGAAUUUACGGGAGGGGAAUUUGAAACGUAAACUAUCCUCCAUUGUACUAGUUUUAUCACUAUCAUGUGUACAUAUUUUAUUGGCGAUGUACUAUUGUGUUAAAAUCAAUGUAAUAAUGCAGAAAUGUCUAAUCAAGGACGGUCUAUAUAUCCCAAUAAAUAAGUGUAUAUUUGAUAAGAUUUAAUUUCUUAAGAUUUUAAACAAUCCAGGUAAAUCCUAUCUCGAAUUUCAAAUACUUUGUUGUAAAUUUGUUUGUACAUAUAUACUACAAUAUUGGAUUUUUGAGUUUUAAUUUUGCUAUUAGUACUGAUUGCUCAAGUAAGCAUGUUUGAUUAAGUUCACAUGUAACCAUUAGAUUACUUAGUUUCACUGUCUACCAAAUAAAGAAGUAUAUAGUGUUGUUUUGUUUUCAGUUUGGAGCACA